AUGCCCUUCCCAGUACCACUCAAUUUCCCCAAGUGGCUCUCGGAGAACGAGCACCUGCUCCAGCCGCCCGUAGGCAACUUUUGCCUCUACCGCACGCGCGACUACACUGUCAUGGCAGUGGGCGGUCCCAACGCUAGGUCGGACUACCACUACCAGCCCACGGAGGAGUUCUUCUAUCAGUAUAAGGGCGAUAUGCUUCUCAAGGUGAUCGACGAGGACGGCAAGUUCCAAGACAUCAACAUCAGAGAAGGCGAGAUGUUCAUGCUGCCGGCACACACACCGCACUCGCCUGUUCGAUUUGCAAACACAGUGGGCAUUGUGGUCGAACGCACAAGACCAGAGGGCAGCCCAGAUGCGAUGCGAUGGUAUUGCCCCAACAAAGAAGCACACGGUGAUACACCUACACUGGUCAAGGAAGUCUCCUUCCAAUGCACCGAUCUGGGAACUCAGCUGAAGCCCAUUAUCGAUGGUUGGGUCAAUGACGAGGCCGGUCCCUCCUUCUCUUGGAUUUCAUAG